GUUGAAUUGAAUCCCUCUUUUAUCAUUUCAUCAACCGACUCUGUUUUUGUUGGUGCGGUGCGAUCUUCCGGGGAGGUUCGGUGUUGUGAAGACAUGGCGGAGGACAAGUACAAUAGAAAGAAUCCCGCGGUGAAGAGGAUUUUGCAGGAGGUCAAAGAGAUGCAGGCGAAUCCUUCUGAUGAUUUCAUGAGCCUUCCUCUCGAGGAGAAUAUAUUUGAAUGGCAAUUUGCGAUAAGAGGACCGAAAGAUUCAGAGUUUGAGGGAGGAAUAUAUCAUGGAAGAAUUCAGUUGCCUGCUGAAUAUCCAUUUAAGCCACCUUCGUUUAUGUUGCUGACGCCUAAUGGUCGAUUUGAGACCCAAACCAAGAUAUGCUUGAGCAUUUCAAAUCAUCAUCCUGAGCACUGGCAGCCAUCUUGGAGCGUUCGGACUGCUUUGACAGCAUUAAUUGCAUUUAUGCCUACAAGCCCAAAUGGUGCACUUGGAUCAUUGGAUUACACAAAAGAAGAGAGGCGGGCCCUUGCAAUCAAAUCCCGUGAAGCCCCCCCAAAAUAUGGAUCCCCUGAGCGCCAAACGUUGAUUGAUGAAAUUCAUGAAUACAUGCUAAGCAAAGCACCUCCGGUACCUCAAGGCAAGGAAGGAUCAGAAGUACUGACUGGAGAUGACGGGAAUGAAAGUCUAUCCCAACCACAAAAUGAAGUCACUGAAAGCAUUACUAAUCCAUCUGAAGAUGCAGCAGCAAUUGCUGAAGAGCCUACAGAGACCCCUCCAAGUACCCGUGAUCCCCAGGCAUCAAAUUCGGUUCCGGAUGUACCAACAAGUGAGCAGCAGAGGCUUGUGGCAAGGGUGGUUCCCAGACAGGCUGACGAUCGUUUGCUGACAUGGGCAGCUUUUGGGCUCACAAUUGCCAUUGUUGUCCUUUUGUUGAAGAAAUUCCUGAAAGCUAAUGGACACAGUGCAGUGUUUCUCAAUGAGUCGUAGAUUCAGGUGAGUACUUACAACUUGAACAUAGAGAUCACAUCAUAAUGGGAAUGGGAAUGGGAAUGGGAAUGGGAAUGAGAAUGAGAAUGAGAAUGAGAAUGAGAAUGGGAAUUGGAAUUGGAAUUGGAAUUGGAAUUGGAAUUGGAAUUGGAAUGGGAAUGGGACCGUAACUAGUCCGCAUUAUCAAUUUUUCUUGUGGUUACGUGUGUUUAUAUGUAUUUUCGUUUCAGGGUCUUGGGGAUUUUGUAUAGAAUAAUGAAUCAUUAUGCAUAAGAUUAUGCAGUGUUGCCUGCCAGUAAUGAAUGUGUGGAUUAAAAACCA